GGACAGAGCGAGUGGGAGAGAGAGAGAGGAGAGAGGGGUAGAGACAGAGUAGCACUGGAUAGAGAGGGGGGCUGAGCGAGUGGGAGAGACAGAGAUCAGCGCUGGAUAGAGAGAGAACAGAGUGCUCCAAGUGAAAGUAACGGAAUAGAUGUUCACUGCUCCUCUCUUUCCUUAAUCCCCAUGUUUAUGGGUUCAGCCCUCUCUGUAUGUAGCCCCUCCCCCACUGUGUUAUCGCUGUGUAUCAUCACUGUGGCAUUUGGUUUAUUUAAUACCCUGCUCCUGCCCGUCCAGUCCCUGCCUGACUGGCUGUAAAUAUGGUAACUGGCACACUGACCAAACUGCAGCUAAAGCCACUUCUUGAAAUUGUGUGUGUCCCAAAUGGCACCCUAUUCCCUAUUUAGUGCACUGCUUUUUACCAGAGCCCUCUGGCACCCUAUUCCCUGUUUAGUGCACUGCUUUUUACCAGAGCCCUCUGGCACCCUAUUCCCUAUUUAGUGCACUGCUUUUUACCAGAGCCCUCUGGCACCCUAUUCCCUAUUUAGUGCACUGCUUUUUACCAGAGCCCUCUGGCACCCUAUUCCCUAUUUAGUGCACUGCUUUUUACCAGAGCCCUAUGGGAUUGCAAACAUGGUGACUGGCCCACCGUCGAGGCUGUCGAGGCUUCAGCAACCUCCUGAAAUUGUACUUCUGUUUGUGUUGCAUUAUUGUCCUGGGAGGAAUUACAUUUCAGGAAGUUAUCUUUUUUUUUAAGUAUUACUUUAAUAACGUGGUUUUACCCGAGUGACUUUUUCAUUUCCGCCCCUGCUAUUUGACAUACAGCAGUUUUGUCGGUUUGUGUGUAUGUCUCCUGUUGUGUUAGUGUGCCACUACCCAACCACUGUAACAUGGCGUAAUAAACACUUUGUUUACUGCUUUAAUGACCACCGUCUGUUCUGUUCUUCAUUCGUAUUUAAUGUUUCGUUUUUUUUUUGUUGCUGCCAUUUGAUAAAAUCAAUAAACCACUCCUGAUUUAUUGUAGGCAUGUGUUGUUGUUGUUAUUGUUGUAGGGUUAUCUAGUAUUACAGUAUUAAAGACAGUCCCGGUGACUUUAGGUUCUCGUCUACUUUUCAAUGUAUUUGAUAUUUUAUUGCCAUGCUCCGUCUGUAUCGCACGUAAUCGCGAAAGUAAACUGAUUUAUGACGUAAUUUACGUAAUCAAAACGUAUCGCUCGAAAACCUAGACCAGAGCCACUAGUUUAGGUCUAUAUCGCCAUGCCAUAGACCAUCAAACUACUUCUGAAUUAAUUCGUCGUGGGAGAGACUUCUAGUUCAACAGAAUCGCAACACAUUGAGAUAGUCCUCUCUUCCUGGGUGAUUUGGGUGAUCCGGUGGAGACCUACCACCUAACCCCUUGCGGAAAGUCGAGAUGCCCGUGUACCGAGCACUGCUGGGCGCUGGCAUCCUGGGUGAGGAUGGCGAUGAUGAAGAUGACACAGAUAAGGAACUCCUGUCCUUCUUGCCCGACCUGGACGAGAGGCGGUGGCGCCGUGAGCAGAUCAACAAGAUCAGAGACUUCCUGAACUCAGCUGUGGCGAGGGAGACAGACCUCACGCUACUACUGGACUGGCUCACCGAAGCACAUAACAUCUCUGUUCUACGGUCUAUAGAGGAGUCACUACAGACGUUUGAGAACGAGCGAGCUACAAAGAAAGAGGGGAACGAGGAGGAACAGGAGGAGGUUACAUCGGAAUGGAUCGAAGACAUACAGAGAAAGUUGGAGACGUCCAUCAAUGAUACGGACGGCUGCAUUCACCGCCUACGUGGCCUCUGCCAAGGCCUCUUUGAUUGCGACGUGAAAAAAAAGACCAAGAAGGAGGAAGCUGCUCUGAAUAAGGGUGUGUGGCGCUGGUGGAGGGAGCAGAAGGUGGAUGCACGGACCAUCAAACGAAUCCAGGAGCUCCAGCCUCCUGCUGCAGACGUAUUUCUAUCGGACGUCAACCUGGCCACCAAGUCUGCCACGGAGCUGUCCUUCAUGCUCUUAGACGUAGCCAAGGCACUAGGCUGCAACAAGGCAAUGAGUCUGGCCUUUAAGUUCGUAACGGUAGGGCUGCAGAACCUUAACCAAGCAUUCCAGGAGCGCACCAAGGAAGCCAAUAAGCUUCUGGCACAGGUGGAGGAGCUGCAGUCUAUGGACUGUCGCUUCCAGCUGGCCCAGAUAAAGAUCCAAGUGGGAGAUAGUCAGAUCAAGAUGACCAAGAUGGAGGAUGAGCUUUCGUCAGUCAAGGAGCAGAACAAUAUUCUACUCUUCCAGAUCCAACAGAUGCAGGAGACCCCGAAACAUCCACGGCCGAAACAGCAGAUAGUGGUCGUUGCUCCCACAAAAUACGUACAGGGAGCGCCAGUUCUCAACAAUCAGCUGGUUCCGCAACCAACUCCCAAGAUUAAGUACUCCAAAUGGAGGCCGAAACCAAAGCCGGAGCCAGACCAGCCUGUUGGCGAAGAAGUGGAAGAAGUGGAGUCUCUGGAAGACAUCUCAGUGGAUCCAGAAGACGUCAUCGAGCAGGUGGAGAGGAAGAGCAUGGAUCUUCUGGAGGCCAUCCAGAAUUCCGAGCAGUGUGUGGUGUCAAUUUCUGGUGACAAGGACAAGGGGAAAGAUGGUGAAGGGAUGGAUGUCGCCAGCAGAAAAGCCAAGGCAGCUGAUAUCAUCAAGCUGUACUGCGAUCUACAGAGAUCCAUCAGAGACUCUUUUAAUGACAUGAUCACGCAGCUACAGGGGAAGUUUGACGAUGACAUCAUAGACGUGCCGCUCAUGGACAACGACAACAAACUGGACAAAUCAGCGUUCUGGGACUCAACCCAGAGAACCCCAGGAGACACGCUGAAGGAGAUCAGCAAUGAGAUACAGAACCAGGACCGCACGGUGAAGGAUGUGGGAGCAAACAAACAAGCGCUCUUUGACUUGGAAGGUAAGAAGACUUUGUCAAACGUCAAGGGAAAGAGUCGUCACCACUCCCUGAACAUCAUCAUGGACCAGUUCAAGAACCUCAACGAGAUGGGCAAGAAGCAGGUGGCAGAGAAGCAGAGGAGACCCAGAAGAUGUUCUGUCCUCGUGCAGAAGACCCAGAAACGCAUCCCCGUGAAGAUGGCCGAGUCCAGGUCGUGGACAGACCAUGUGGAACGCUACAGCUCAGACAUGACGUUGGAGGCAGACACGUUGAUGAAGACUCGCAUGGUGGGAGUGAACCACAUCUUCCAUGUGGAAUCCCAGAGGUCCAACUUGAAGCUGCUCCACCAGGCUGUGGUGAACAGGCAUAUCUCCCCACAGCUCUACCGCAUGCUGAAGGACAUAAUCAUCCAGACACUGAGCAGUGUGGAGAACAGACUACUCUGUCUUAUCAGGAGGUUCAUAAAGCACAACGCUCUGCAGCACGUCAGAAACAAUCUGAAUGCUAGACUGCUCUUGGCGCGUGACAUGAGCGAUGGACAGGCGGCCAAGGACUUGUACAAGUCCCUAGAAAGACUGGACGUGCACCAAUCUACUAUGACGAGGCAUUGGUCUGAGAAGCAAACUUCCAUUGAACUGACACGGACCAGAUGCCUGGCGCACAUGCUCUACCUCUUCAGUCAGCUGAGAGUGGACUACAACUUGCAUCUGGCCGCUCCAGUCCCAUGCAACACCAGCCAGGAUCUGCCCCAUCCCAUCAUGACGGUGGUGCCUACCAAACUACAGUGGUCUCUGAGGCCCAGUCCCAGCUCCAAUCUUCCAUCAUCCCUGUCACUGGAACGUCUAGCCCCAUCUUCACCAUCCACACACCUAUACCCACCUACACACCUCGCUUCGCCUGCACAACCACACCCGUCGUCAUUGGCACACCAUCCCCCAUCUUCCCAGGUGCACUUACCCCCACCUUUACCUGAGACAUACCCAUGGAGCAGUGUUCACAGCGAAAAAGAUCAAGGCAAGAUGAAGACUCUGUGGCAGACAGACAAGACGAUGCGCUGCAUGUGGCUGGCCAGGAAGAUCCCAGCCGGGACCUCUAACAUCCGCUGUAUCCCACGCCUGCUGGAGAUGGACGUCAACCGAGGAAGAGUCAACGCAAUGCGCACCCUGCACGCUAGGAUGACUGGAGUGCUGAAUCAGAUGUUUCUGGAUGGAGAAGAUGAGGACAGUGAUGUGGAGCAGAUGUUUUACCCGCUAGAUGAAUAAAUCACCGUAUCACCA